AUGAGAAGAGUUUACAUGAAUGAACUCAUUAACUUCUUUGACAAGGUGUUCAAAUUACUAAAGAAUCUCUCAAAGGAUGAUAUGAGCAUUGCUAGUGACGCACUGGUUGAUCUGGUUAAUGUCAGCGUUGAGACAAUGCUGAAUGAGAUCUCUGCGGAUGGGGCCAUAAAGAAUUUGCAAUCUGAUGCAUUUGUGGUUGGUGGCUGUAAAUGGUAA